AUGGUCAACGCUGUAGCAAUUACUUGGAAUUCCAUCGCCUUGAUGAUUACUGGCAUAACGUUCUUAUUAACAGCUGAAAUUUUAUGCAAGAAUCGAUUUUUCUAUUAUUUAAUUGGUAUAUCCUGCGGCAUCCUGAUUGCUUUACUGAUUAUUGUUCAUUAUUUAAGUGGAUACGUUCCUCAGAAAAACUUAUCGCGGUUAGUACUUGUCAGUGGAUUUUUUGGCUUAGCCUAUUUUACGGAACAAGUCGUAUUAAAUUUUCCGCUGAUAAUAAAUUAUUAUUGGCGACCACUGGUGAUAUACCUUGGAGUCGCUGGAAUUAUUAGUUUCUUUGUUUGCUACCUAUAUGAGCCCCCUAAAGUUGAUCGGAAGAGAGAUAUUCUUAAGUGGAUCAUUCAGUUAUUGGGUCUAGUUCUCAUCUAUAACGCAUCUUAUUCUGAAAGAAUGGGCGUGGGUAUUGUAGUAGCUUGUUGUGUGAUGAAAUGGCAUCACGAUAUAUAUAGUCUCUUCAUGAGCGUUUUGAAUGGUUUUAGCAUACUUAGAAAAUAUUUACCGAGAUACACGGUACCUGAGCCACGACGUUUAUUAACGGAGGCAGAAUAUGAAAUAGAAGGUAAAAUUGCUACUGAUAAUGCCCUAUUGGAUCUUCGUCGAUAUUGCUUAAGUUCUGAAUGUAAUUCGUGGGAACUUAUUAGCAAGCUCAAAGAUCCGAAGAGCUUUGCAAAGUUUCUAUGUGGAGAAAAGGACCUCAAUGAUGACACAAUGUUCACCUGGAUGAAUGACAGUAUGUUUGAGUUAGAAGAAAACACCACUCGUACUGCUACGCAAGAGCCUGACAGCGAGCACUUAUCUCCGAAUGGUAUGAUAAGUCUAAUAAGCGAUGCAUUUGUAAUAACAUGA